AUGUGGGAUUCGUGUAAUAUUCUAAAACUGACAAGUGCUUGUAAGCGUAUCAAUAAGGAACGACGUUGUGAAUUUGUUCCGAACAAGUCGAAAGCCGAUUCUUUAGAAAGGCAUUCAAGAAAAGAUAGAACUAAAAGUUCAUGUCAUUCAUUAACACCAAAGGAAUGUCAACCGACGGAACAUGCCGACGAGCCGUUCGCCAAUGGUUCUAGUGAUGAACAUCUGUCUAAUGCAACACCUACGUCACCAGCCAAUCUGUCUAUGGUUAUUUCUCAGUCGUAUAAACCGUUACAUGCCAAAUCAACACAAUUCAAUAGGAAGACUAUUGCCGUAACGAAAGGUACACAUGUCAAAGCUUUGUAUAAAAUAUCCAAUUGGGUCUUUAUUGAAAAUCCUAAGACUGGUGAAACUGGCUUGAUACCGAUCUAUUGUCUUAGCUUACCUGAAACUCUCGCAACAUCAUUCGACUCACCAUCGCAGAACAAUAUUAGUCUACUGAAUGUCAGUGUCUAUGAGAAACCACGUUAUUCACGUUUGUCAAUUAUGAAUAAUCGCUCCUAUGAUGUUUCAACACCACCCCCUGGUCGCUUUAUUUCAACAAUCGGACCAUGUCAAUUAAAUAAUGAAUCACAAGUCUCAACAUGUCCGCGUUCGUUGAAAACGAGUACUUUCACGCGGCAAUUAGCAAAAGAUGAAUCGACUUUAUCACGACAAAUUUCAAAUGUAUCACUUCAUGAAUAUGACGCUUAUGGAACAUUGAAUACCACACGAUGCAGAAAUUUAUCCUUUAGUAUUGUUGAUCGUGAGCCAGUUAUACUUCGUCGCAAUCAACGUUUGCGCGUGAUCGAAAGUUAUCAGAAGCAAUUUGUUGGUGACAUAAGUGUAUUGGAAUCUGAAGUUGUGGUGCCUGUCAAUACGAUCGAAUCUAUCGGCAAUUGGAAAUUGAUUCGACGAGGCGACGGAAAGCAAGGUUACAUCCCAGAACAUAUUGUUGUACUCGAUAAGAAUUUUACUUGA